AUGGAACUGAACAAGGUCAUUAGAAAGGGGGCUUUAUUACAGCUGCCAGCCCCCGGGGUAGAAGAGAAACUUCUCUUGGACACUGAUUACGCUGAUGACAUGGCCAUGUUAGAUAACUCAAAAGAGGGGCUGCAGGAAACCACUGGCCUUCUCUGCAAAUACAGUGCCUAUGCGGGUCUGAAGAUUAAUGAUGGCAAAACACAGAGCAUGGUUGUCAGCAAAAGUGCAUCACAGAGGCCGUAUUCUAAAAACGACACUAUGGACAUCAAUGUGGAAGGUCUCCCAAUACAGCAGGUCAGCAAUUUCACUUACUUGGGUGCAAUCAUCAGUGGGAAUGGAACAAUCGACAAAGAACUAUCAGCUCGAAUUCAAAAGGCCUCUGGGGCAUUCUAUCAGCUUAGCAGUAUAUGGUACAGUCGCAACAUCAAGACUCCAACUAAAAUCAGGAUUUACAAAGCGGCUGUUCUCACUAUACUGCUUUAUGGAAGUGAGGUAUGGAAUACCACACAGACGCAGAUGAAAAGAUUUGAAGUGUUCCAUCAUAGAUGUCUGAGGAGAAUCCUGAAAAUCAAAUGGUUUUAUCAUGUAUCUAAUGCUGAUGUACUUAAGCGGGCUAACAUCACCCCUGUUGAUACUUUCGUACGAGCAGCUAGACUCCGAUGGUUUGGACAUGUGGUGAGGAUGCCAGAAGAAAGAAUACUUAUCUAUCUUCUGCACUGGAUCCCAAAUGGUAAAAAGUCAAGAGGUAGAUCUCGGAAAAACUGGUUGUCAUGUGUCCGGGAGGAUGCAGCAAUCUUCACAGGUGUCGAUAACAUCACGAUAGAAGAUGCUGAACAAAAACUACAGACAGGGUUCACUGGAGAGGUCUGA